AUGGAAACCGUUGCUGAGAACGUUACCGUCAAGGCUCAGACAUCAAUGCAGGAGAAGGUGAAUGGCAUUGAUCAUCAGCACAAGGGUACUAAUGGAGUUAACUGUGAGAAUGGAACAAAGGUUGUGGAAGAGUCAACUGUGGAGAAAGUUCAGGAAACAGUUGGAAAAGAAGCUGAAGGCGAGUUGCCAAAGGAAGAGGUAGCGGUUGAGGUUGAAGCCAAGACAGGGGUUUCCUUCCCAGUUAAGUUGGAUGAUGGGAAGCAGUUGAUGAGCAUCGGCUUGAGGAAGAAGUCCAUGCUUGGCAUGGGCAUCAAGAUCUAUAGCUUUGGAAUGUAUGCAGAUAAUGAGAAACUGAAAGACCUUAUGAGGUCAAAGAUUGGAAAGGCUCUAGGAAAACCGACAAAGGACAUGUAUCAGGAGGUAAUUGACAGUGACGCAGCCAUGAUGGUGAGGCUGGUAAUAGUAUUUUCUAGCCUCACAAUGAACAUGGUGAGAAAGAAUUUUGACGAAGGUCUAGGAGCAUCCAUUAAAAAGCUGACUGGUGGAAAAAAGAAUGAAGAGCUCACCAGCAAGGUCAUGGGUGCAGCUUCAGAUGACAUAAAGUUAACUACGGGUUCUGUGAUUGAGAUUUCUCGUCUCCCAGGAUAUAUUCUUCAAACAAAAGUGAUGGAUGAAGUGGUUAGCAAGGUUGAGAGUGAACUUCUCUGCAGGGCAUACACUUACAUGUAUCUGGGAGAUGAUCCCUUUGACAAGGACGCCAAGGAAAAAUUUGGGAUGUCCCUGCUUUCACUCUUCUGA